GAAAGAGACCAUAAAUCAUUCAAGCAGAGUGGGCAUCAUGUCUCGAGUUGUAGUGCUUCUCCUGUUAGGCUUUGUGCCUCUUAUCGCAUCAGAAUAUGUGCGCGUAUGUUACUACACUAACUGGUCUCAGUAUCGUCCUAAAGGUGCAACCUUCUGGCCUGAAGACAUCGAUCCAUUCCUCUGUACCCAUGUUAUCCAUUCGUUUGGUAAAGUAAGCCGUACCACUCACAAACUGGAACAGUACGAGGAAAACGACUUGGAUCUGUACAAACGAAUCAAUGCUCUCAAGAAGAUCAAUCCAAAACUGAAAACACAAAUCGCAGUUGGUGGAUGGACCCACGAGGAAAAAGACAGAUUUGCCAUUUGGUAUUGGAUGAACAACAGAGACACAUGGGAAAAGCCUGGUAUUAGAAAAGGAAUGCCUGCCAAUAAAAUCGUUCUUGGACUCGGUACGUACGGACGUGCAUUCGGACUCGCCAGUCCCGGUAACAACGGCCUGGAUGCUGCUCGAGAUUAUCAAUUUACACCCAAAGGUCAAUACACGGGCGCAGAAGGAUUCCUUGCCUAUUUUGAGAUCUGUAAACUUGGGCUGACCGUCGUCCACAAGAACAAAGCCAUGGCACCCUAUGGCUACAAAGGCAAGACGUGGGUUGGUUUUGAUGAUCAACAAAGCUUGAUCUACAAGAUCGACAACGUGGUCAAGAAAAACUCCCUACGGGGUGUCAUGUUCUGGGCGAUAGACUUGGACGACUUCUCAGGUCAGCACUGUGGUCAAGGAAAGUAUCCAUUGAUAAGUGCAGUCAAGAAAUACCUGACAUCUGGUGUACAACCUACUUUCCCAGCCACACCUGCGCCCCCUUCUACUUCUGCACCUGCUGUCACAACGCAAGGUCCUCAGCCAACUACGAGCGGUGGUGGUGGCGGCGGUAAUGGAUGCAAGGCUACUGGUCCCUGGACCGGAAAUGCUAAUAUGGAUGCUUGGUGCCAAGCCAAUUGCGCCCUUGGAAACUGCCCACCUGCCAAUUGCGUUUGUUCUGCGUACGAUAUUGAGGGAAUUUCCAAGCCUCUUGACUGGAUCAACAUUAUGACAUACGAUUUGCACGGUACCUGGGAAUCAAAAACUGGUCAUCACACAGCAAUGGGACCAGAAGGAGACAAGCUUACCUUACCAUUUGCCAUUUGGUAUUGGAUGAACAACAGAGACACAUGGGAAAAGCCUGGUAUUAGAAAAGGAAUGCCUGCCAAUAAAAUCGUUCUUGGACUCGCCACUUACGGACGCGCAUUCGGACUCGCUAGUCCUGCUAAAAACGGUCUGGAUGCAGCUCGAGAUUAUCAAUUCACACCCAAAGGUCAAYACACGGGCGCAGAAGGAUUCCUUGCCUAUUUUGAGAUCUGUAAACUUGGGCUCACUGUUGUCCAUAAAAACAAAGCCAUGGCACCCUAUGGCUACAAAGACAAGACGUGGAUUGGUUUUGAUGAUCAACAAAGCUUGAUCUACAAGAUUGACAACGUGGUCAAGAAGAACUCUCUACGGGGUGUCAUGUUCUGGGCGAUCGACUUGGACGACUUCUCAGGUCAGCACUGUGGUCAAGGAAAGUAUCCAUUGAUGAAUGCARUCAAAAAAUACCUGACAUCUGGUGUACAACCUACAUUCCCCGCAACACCUCCUCCACCAGCGACAACCCAAGCUCCACCAAUUUCUACCCAGUCACCACCAGCACCAGGAACAACUCAAGCUCCCCCUCCAGUCACUACACAGGGUCCUGCACCUACCACUUCAGGAGGUGGAACCUCCGGUGGAUGUAAGGCUACUGGUGCUUGGACUGGCAAUGCUAACAUGGAUGCUUGGUGCAAGGCAAACUGUGCGGCUGGUUAUUGUCCACCUGAAAACUGUGUCUGUACUUAAGAGGAACAAUAAAUUAGAUGGAUGUGAAAAAGCGAAAGACGAAAAGCUAAAUAAAGUUGAAUAAAAGCAGGAAAAA